AGUACGUUUUCAGCUACCGUCGAGAGUGGAUGAGUGUUGGGUGCGUGUUGUGUGUUGCGGCGUGUUUUUUGCUGUUUUUUAUAUGAUUUAAACAUAAACCUUGUGUAAAUGACAGCGAUGUUAUAAUCGCCGCAAUUAAACGAAUUUAGCAAAAGGGCGCUCCUACGGUACGUGAAUACUGCGACACACACACACACAAAUACACGCGAAAGUGCUGUGAAAAAAGCGUGAUAAGUGCUUUUGAGACAAUCAAAAUAUAUGAUAGAAAAAUAAAAUCAAAAGGGGAGGAAGGAGUAUAUUUAAUAAUACACGUACAUAUAUACGUAAUAAAUUAAUUACAAAAAUGGGCAAACUGCUGAGUCUUUUGUCACGCGACGAUUCAAAUUGUUGCGCCGCCAAAUCCUACGAUGUGUUCCUCGACUUUGAGAAUGCGCAACCAACGGAAACGGAACGCGAGUUAUUCGAUGAAGUGCAGCGAGUCCUCAAGGAAUCGGAUGUCGUUCUAACCGAGAUACAAAUCUAUAAGGGCGCCAACAAAGAAAUCCGCGAAGCAAUCGCCGAUCCAUCGCCAGAGGUGCAGGGCAAGGCGUGGGCCGCCGUUCUGCCGCUGGUCAAGAAGCUGAAACGGUGCUACGAGCACUCCAUGGAAUUGGACAAAAUAGUGCCCAAACUGUUGGGUCAAUUGGUUGGCGGCAAACUCAAUCCGACACAGCAUCUGGAGACGCAGCAGGCGCUGGUCAAGCAGCUGGCCGAGAUAUUGGAAUUUGUGUUGAAAUUCGAUGAGUACAAGAUGAAAACACCUGCCAUACAGAAUGACUUCAGUUACUAUCGGCGCAUUGUGAGUCGACAGCGUGUGGAUUCCACAGAGAAUAUGCAGGUGAGCGCUGAGCUGGCGAAUCGUAUGUCGCUCUUCUAUGCGAAUGCCACGCCCAUGCUUAAGGUGCUCAGCGAGGCGACAUCGCGGUUCGUCAAUGAUAAUGCGGACGAUGUCCAGAAUACGACAGAAACGCUUGGCACAAUGGCUAAAGUGUGCCUACGAAUGCUGGAGAAUCCCAAACUGCUGCAACAGAUCGAGCGGGAGGAGACACAGAUGCUGGUGCUACGCGUCAUGGUCGGACUGGUCAUUCUCUACGAUCAUGUGCAUCCGACGGGAGCGUUUGCGCGCGGCGCCCACGUCGAUGUGAAGGGCUGUGUGCGAUUGCUGCAGGCACAGCCGGCGAUAAAGGCGGAACCGCUGCUGAAUGCCCUGCGCUACACGACGAAGCAUCUCAACGAGGAGAAUACGCCGAAGAAUAUUCGCAAUUUGCUGGCCGCAUAAUGGCGGAGAUCGGCGGGGAUAAUGCCAAAUGCAAGCGCCCACAAUCGUUUUGUUUAUGUGUACAAUUUGUAACGUUAACUUUGUUUAAUGAUUUAAACGGUUUUUUAUUUAUGUAAUUAAUAGGCUUCUACUACGAGUAUAUAAAUAUAUAUAAAUAUUAUGUUUAAAUUGUGUGAGUGUUGUGCAGAAAGGAGGCAGCAAUUAGUUUUAUUUAUGAAUUUCCAACAAUUCUAUUAAUUUGUAAUUUUUCUUAUUGUUUAGCGCGCCUCCUUGUGAAGUAAAUAUGCAAAUAUAUAUCAAGAAACAACCAGCAACAAAACAAUAUUUAGCUCAUAUUUUAGCACUAAUAUUAAGUAAUAAAUAUUACAAAUUGAUUAAAGAAACAAAAAAAAAGGAGAAAAGUAAAUUAGCGCAAAGUAUAAAAUAAAAUAAUAGAAAUGAAUAUCCUAAAUUUCAAUUUCAACUACUAACCAGAGAUUAUAACUUUAAAUACAUUUUUUUAAAUCAAAUUUAGCUUAUUUUUUUGUACAUGACUACAAUUAAUCAAAAAGAACAAAAUACAAUACAUACCAACUAAAAUGGCCUGAACAAACUGAAUGAAACCACACGCAGUAAAAACGCAGAUGCAUUUAUAUUUCCAUUUUCUACAGAAAACAUUUUAUAAACAUAUUAAAACGAACCUUUCUAUGUCUGAUUAUGAAAGAAUGCUGCGCAAUAAUAUUAAUUUUUAAGAUUUACAAAUAGGAAUUUAUAAAACUGUAUUGAGAAAAGAAAACACAAAAAAAAAACAAAAAUAAAUUGAAAACACGCCGAAAGAUUUAUAUGUAUAUGCGACAACAACAAACACUUGCCGAGAACAAGAAAAUCAAAAUAAAAAAGUUAUCGCACAAUAUGAAUUAUAUGAAUAAAAGUUGUUUAGUUGUCUCGCCGAAGAUAAGUCAAAGAAUCAAUGAA